AAAAUUCCCUUUGAGGAUAAAUAAAACUCUUGUUUUAUACUGUAGGGGAGAGCGGGGUAAGUUGAGCCACCCCCUGUUGCUUGGAAAUGGUAGAAGAAAUUGAUCAUGUGACCAAAUUUUUAGGAGAUGGGCAUCAAUUCAUGGAGUCUGUAACGGUUAGAAGCACAUGGGUGAAGGGGUUAGACAUUUGUUAAAAAAAACAAACAUUUUUCACUCUCGAAAGUGAAUUUAGUCUGUCAUAAGUUUUAUUAGAAAUGUGUUCAGACCAAAAAAGAUCAUUUAAAUUUGUUGUAUACAUCAAUUGUGUUAUCUAUGAGCUGCAACAUGAGGUCAAAAUGUAGCAUAAAAGUCCACCAUUUUAGCCUAGAUGACUAAUAAAGUCAUAAUCGUAGUUCUGGGGUAAGCUGAGCUUGUGGCUCAACUGAGAAAGUAAAGGAGUCUGAUAUGAGGAUCAGAGUGUCAGUUCAGAUUGUUGAAAUGUGUUACUUUUUCUUAUCAAAAAUACAGCUGUCAAUGUUCUGAAUCACUUAAAGACAUUCUCAUGUUAAAAUGGCUUUAUACAAAACAGCUUUUUAGCAGUUACACGCAGUAAUAAUGAAAAAAAAUACUGUACCAGUUGAAUAGCAUAUAAAAUAUAAAAAUACACAUGAAUGUGAAGAAGUGACUGUUAUUUCGGGAGAGAGAAGGUGAGGGUGAGCUGGGGUGGAAAGAGAGGGGGGUACUAGGGAUACGGCUAAACUUACCCCGCUCCAAUGAUCAACUUAACCCAUACACGGGUAAGUUGACCAUAGGAGACCCCUUUUUUUGGCAUGCUAUAUUAUCAAGACAGUUAUGUUUACACUCAUUCUAUUGGUUUGCAGGGAUGCACAACAUCUUAAAAUAUAUGCAGAUACACUAGUUAGAGACAAAACUAUGAUUGCUUUGAUGCAGUGAUUCGAAAUAUGAAAAAAAAAAAAGGCUCAUCUUAUCCCACUCUCCCCUGUUGCAUACAAUAUUCUGCUCUAUUAUGUUGAAUUCUAUAUAUUGUGAUACAGAAUAUUUUGUUAUCUUCUGUAUGGCCGUAUCAGUAUCAGGAUGUAUCAGUAGACGAACCACUUGCUCACGGACAGGAGGUAAACUAGUGUUGGAUCUGCUCUGCUGUUUUCCUCACGGUCCCUUUAUUUCUAUAUGUGUUUAGGUACACUUGGAGCCCCGCCCUCCUCAGAUGUGACGCUGACCAAUGGGAAGGCAGCGUGCGUCAGGGAGGGACGUCACAUCAUCAGUAGCAGCCGCUGUGAUGGGACUACUGCCGUGCUGCACCUCUGCUGCUCUGACUGAAGUCUGCACAGCGGCAGCUCCUCUACAGUUAGUGUAUGAGAGACAACAUUCAAGACACUUCACACGUCUGGAGAAGUAAAGCGAUGGAAUUGGGUUGCCGGUUUAUGGGAAGAAAUACGGAUAAGUUGUAGGAGUGAAAAGCAGUGUUUGUUAAGGGAGCAGAGAGGCUGCCGGGCUGUCUCCACUUCCAAUCAGCGACUUUGAUGCAGCCGCUAAGCUAACAAGCUAACUGGGAAUGUUUGCAGAAACUAGCCAGAUUGUUAGCUUGCUAGCUAGCUGAACCAGAUGGGAAAAACGCCACUAAGAUAAAGAGAGACAGCCAAAAUGCGUCUUUUAUCCGUUGGUACAUUAUGUGAAUAAUCCUGGAAUCAUCCCCAACUAGGUAUGUUGAAUGUUUACGGCUCUAGGUUCCUCUUUGUUGGUCAUUUCUAGUAGGGACAAUAGUAAACUGCUCCGGCAACAAGUCAGGCACACCAACGAUACUCAAGUUUGUUUGUUUUUUUCAUGAUUUUUGCCGUUAAUAGCAGUAGGUUUAACACUACAUCUCUGCAGUAGAAAUCAGUGCUUUGAGUGCAGUUAAUGUAAUGUUACACGCAGGGAUGUGGGGUCCCACUUCAGCGUUAGAUCCCCAUUUUUAGGUGGACCGGGUCACUUUGUUGUAUUGGAGAAACCGAUGUAAGCUAGUCGAUACAAGUAUUGACGAGGAGACGAGGUGGAUGAACAUUAUAAGUCGCCCACAUGCUUUGGAUCAGUUCCCGGACUUGUGAAAGGCAUCUGAAGCAGAAGGUGGGAGACGUGAGCGCACAGCCCUUGCAGCCUGGGGGAAGAUGGCGGAGCGAUCCCGCAGGAGGUGGUGAAAUCAAAACUUGGGCACUUCUUGGAUUUAUCGCCAGACAUCUUAUCUCAGAUCAUAGGACACAUGCAGGCCAAAAAACGGUACUUAACCCUAUUCUCCGCCGGCGCGUGUCUCGUCCUGUUGUUUUGUUUUGGGGGCAUUCAAGUGCCGCUAUCCAGACGGGGUCCCGGCCGGCGUGAUGACCGCAGCCUCUCAGGGGCGCGGUGGCGUCGCUUCCCGGGGUCCCUGCAACCCUUCAGCACCUGGGAGCAAGAAAAAAACGACGAUCACAAUGAGCACAUAUCUCCAAGGCAGAAGAGGGACGCCAACUCAGGUGUUUACACUGGAAAGCGCUGCAGGAUGGAGUCCUGCUUUGACUUCUCCCUGUGUGAGAAGAAUGGAUUUAAAGUGUAUGUCUACCCCGAACAGAAGGGGGAGAAGAUGUCAGAGAGCUAUCAGAACAUCUUGUCUUCUAUUGAAGGAUCGAGGUUCUAUACACCUGAUCCAGGACAGGCAUGCCUAUUUGUCCUGAGUUUGGACACUCUGGACAGGGACCAGCUUUCACCCCAGUAUGUGCACAACUUGAAAGCAAAAAUACAGAGCCUUCCUCUUUGGAACGGGGGCAGAAAUCACAUCAUCUUCAAUUUAUACUCUGGCACCUGGCCCGACUACACAGAGGACCUUGGAUUUGACAUCGGCCUUGCAAUGUUGGCUAAGGCAAGCAUCAGCACAGAAAACUUUAGGCCAAACUAUGAUGUUUCUAUCCCUCUUUUCUCUAAAGACCACCCAAGGACAGGAGGGGAAAGGGGCUACUUGAAACAUAACUCUAUUCCCCCUUAUAGGAAGUACAUGCUUGUUUUUAAGGGGAAGCGGUACCUAACUGGAAUAGGUUCUGACACAAGGAACGCUCUUUAUCAUGUUCAUAACUCAGAGGAUGUGGUUCUCCUCACAACCUGCAAGCAUGGGAAGGACUGGCAGAAGCACAAGGAUGCCCGCUGUGACAAAGACAAUGCAGAAUAUGACAAGUAAGUGCUAUGUUGUUCACUUAACAACAUCUAAGUGUCUCUGUUGUUGUUCUCAUUAUUCAGCUGCUGCCAGGGCUUAGGUUUGUUUCUGUCCCUCUCUUGAGUUUUCAUCUUGUCAGGAUUUCUCAAGUAUGGUAUUAUGUUAAUGUUAUCUUAAACUGGAUGGAUCCUGGCCUCUCUGAGGUACAUGUAAGUGAUGCUGCCUAACAGUUUCACAAAAGAUCUGUUAUCCACUCUGGCCUUUUAUUUACCAGGUAUAAUAGCUAACUCAUGUUACUCAAAAGUGGGGAGCAUGUCUUUAGUAGUCCAUCGCUGCUACACUCUUUCAUAACACUGGUAAAUAUUUGUCAGUUUUUGUAUCACGCAGUAGUGUUGCAUGUAAUGUCAGACAAGAGCCCUCAGUGUGGAAUUUCACCAAGACAUUGACUCUUUUUACAUCACAGAGUUGAUGCAGAAUGAUGAGAGUAUUUCCAAAUGCAAAAUAGUCUGGGUGCCGUCUGUCUGGAGCCCUCUUCCCUGAUUAAAUUCCAUUUUAUGCUGCUUAUCAGAUUUAUUCAAUGGCAGUAUAAAUGUCUUAGUGGACAAUGAUGAUUUGACUUUUAAAUGGUCCUCGAAUCAUAUGAUAAUAUUUAACAAAUUAAAUAUCAUGAGGCACAGAUAAGUAGAUUUGCUUUAAUGUCAGCCACAAGAGCAACUGUAUUAAUGUAAUUCAAUUGAUAUCCCCAUCUGUCCAUACAGCCGGCUGUUCAGCUGUGUAUUAAUCUGCUUCUCUUUCUCUGAAAUUUUCAGCCUCUCGGCUCACUCUUUCUUUGAAACCUGAUCCCCUUCAUCAGAAACUGUCAAUAGUGUACAAUCAUGCACAUGCCUAGAUUCCAGUUAACACAUUGGACUCAGAUAACUAGUUUAUAUACAAGUUGCUGGGUGGGCAUGUGUUAAAAUUUUCAAAUCCCCAUAAUUCUGACUCUGUAAUCAGUCCCCAUCAUUGAAAGAGGGCAGUAUUGGAUGCUGUCUUUGCCCCAAAUGAGGUGCUCUGUGAUCAUCAUCCAGUCCUAUUUUCUGUGCCCAAAUCUGAUGAGCAAACUGGUGCCCGUCUCCCGGCGUUGGCCAACAGGAUUCAUUUUGUGUCCCCUCAGACUGUGCUGUGUUGUUACUGGUGACUGUGUGGCGCUGGGUGUUUGACUGUGGCUCUUUGGAGUGGAUUAGUGGGGACAAAGCGCUGGUGCCAGUAAGGGGAAGCCACUCUGGCCCCUGUUUGCUCAGUCAUUUCCCAGACUAACCCAACUGCAUGAGCCAGGAAUGCCCUGGCCCCAACUUGUGUCCUGCGUGACCCUUCAAUGUUUGGGGCCUGCUGUCAAUGACCCCCGUGUCAACUCUUUACUGCGUUGUUGUCCAUUGCAUUGUUCACUUUAGAUUGUAAAUGAUUACUGUGAAGAGUUGUCCUCAUGACAGACCGCUGAAGGAAAUACCUUGAUGAGAGCUUGCCACUGGGUAUCAGAUGGCACAACAGUCUUUGCAUUAAAGCACUGUAAUUUAUUUGGCCCAAAAAAAUCUAAAAUAAAAAAUCAAACUGGUAAAUAUCAGUUAUCCCUGGGCAUUCAUAAUUUGAAAACAACUAAUUAUCUGAGAAUAGUGUAGUAGUCAGAGCGAAACUGAGUUCAUCUUUUAUACUGAAAUCAGUGUUUCUUAAAUGCUUCAGCGGACACAGCAGGUAUGAGUGGGCUGAGAGCUGAGCUACCACAUUAAUUAAUUUUAGCUUAGCAUAUUUUAUGUUUUGUCCUCAUAUUAGAGUUAGGAUACAUUUAAUAAUUUGUUGUUCAUGAGGAUUUUACUAGAGAAUAAAUUACCUUAACUUGAAAAACUUAAAAACCGCUAAAACACAGAAUCAUACUUUGUUUUGACACUGCUUCUUCGGUGCUUUCAGAUGGACUUCAGAGGGAGUGAGGCUAUAAAAAAGCUCAUUUCCAUUCUACAUUGUUAUCUAUUUUGAGAUUGAUUAAUGUGUCCUUUUGCAGCUGUGACAGACUAAGAUCAAAUAUAGUUGAGGGAAUAUAAUCAGGGUAUGCAGAUUUACUGCAGACACAAAGGAUCAAACUCAGGCAGCGACAUACAACAGCCACAGUAACCGUACAAAUAAUGUUUUGUUCAGCUUAUACAUAUGUCGUAUUUUCACUCUGUAUCAGUCUAUUUGCAAAUCAAGGUGUGACUAUUACUAUAUUACAGUGCCGGACCUUCAUUUUGACAUAUGUUAAGAAGUCUUCAGUAAAACUAGUAAUUUGAUGACAGUGUGCAAUAGCGACAGGUGUUUUUACACAGGUUCUGAUUUGUUACAUACACCCUGUGUAAUUUGUUUUGCCCAGCAUUGAUCCCCCAGAGGAUGCUCAUGUUUGAGGCGGCCUGUGUAGGUGGGUAUCAGCUUAAGAGGUUCAUCCGUUUACUUAGCAGAGUAACAUUCUCCCUAUCACUCUUAAGACAUGAGUUAUCUGCUCUCUCUACCCCUCGCUGCCAAGUGCUGCCAGCGAGUGAUUUCACACAGUGAGACAUGUGGCAUCAGAGCCAUAACCCAAAGGAAAAAUUAAUCCCCCCCUGUCAUUAAGUAGCAUUGGGGGAGACACAGGCUUUGGGUAUCUCUGGAGCCUCGCCAGCUUAGCUUCAUUGCAUGGCUACAGUAUGUUUAAUGGUUCUCAGUCAGUACAUCCUCGGUAAGCCACACCGCUAUCAGUCAACACGCUUUGGCUUGAUCCCCAGUCCACUGCAGUGUUUCUUCUAAUUUGAAUCAAAUUAAUUUGCUGAUCCCCAGUGCCCUAACUAUUUACAAAGUCUUAGUCCAAUAUGAUUGCCCUCUUCCUGUAUGUGUCAGACUUUUAUUAUGCUGCUACAUGUACUCCUAUGGCUCUGUUUCUAAGUGAUAGGGUCAUGUUUUGAUCCAGUGAACUCCCAGAAGCAAACUGUCUUGUUUACAAAUACACAGGGUUUGAUUUUUUGUACCUUUUUUUGUCUGUAACUGACAAAUUUUGUAUAUUUGGCUUUAUAUUGUUCUGUUUGUCUAUAACUCACAGAGGAAUCUUAACUGAAGCCAUCUGGGGUUGGUUUCAGUAGUUUACAAGACCACAAUUUCAUGGUUUUUCAGCAGGAAUCUGACCUGGGCAACAGUGUGAUCUAUAUGAAUAAAAAAGGGAACUGAGUGGACAGUGUACAGCCAUAUUCUGUUCAGCCUGAGAAGUUUGUGUGGAACAGAUCUGUUAAAAAUAUCUAGCUGUGAUUUUAAAGAAGACAGUAUGAGUCCAUUUGGGCCCUCCUCUUGCAGACUACCAAAACUUGAUAACAGCCCACUGGCAUGUCACCCACGCUGGACUUCAGUCCUCAAAAUACUGAAUGUAAAGUAAGAUCUGGUCGUUUUAAAGGAUGGCAUGUAUUUGGGGUUGUCACAAACUUUACAUUCAGUAUUUUGAUAAGUAAUCACAUUUGUGCAAUGAUAUUUUUAAAGUCAAACAAUAACCAAAGCAUAUGCCUUUUUCAAGAUGUGGUUUUCUAGGUAGAGGACAAUAUAAAAAGGCCCCAGAUAUGGUGAUUUCAUAAUAUCUCAUGUAAUAAAUGUUAAUAGCCCCCCAUUCUACGCCUAGGCAGUGUAGUAAAGUGGACUCUUGAUCUGAGAAAAUUGUGGGGUGCUGUCACAAAUAUAACUUUCCUGCUGUGUUAGGUUUUGUCAUUUUUUUUGCCUCCUAAGCUUCGACACUAGUGGAGUAGACCAUCAAAAUUCAGUUAUUACAAGAAGUCUUGUAUGAGUCUGUUUUCAGAUUGGUUGUUUUUUUCCCUCUAAUUACAGAAGAUCCAAAUGGUUAGCAUUACAGUCUGACGGUAUAGAUUCAUCAGUCUCCAGAAAGCUGAAUUCUUUCCCGUCUGUAAUCAUAUACCCAGACCUGUUGCAUAUUCCCAGCCUGGCACCCGACUGUGCAUAGCUGUCCAAAGGCUAUAGACACAGAGGAGCCGAAGAUGUUGGUGGGACAGUAGUCAAGGAAGUUGGUUGCCAGGGAAAUCAACAUUUGUUUUUUGGGUUGACUGUCAACCCUCCAAAUCAAAACUACCUCUGAGAUGCACUGUGCCGUAAACAACAAACUUCCUGUUACAGUACGCUGGCUGUUCAAUGUUGCAGAUCAGUUAACUUCUACUUUGCAUGUGUGUUGUGCCCCCAAAAUAUCUGUCUGGGUUAAGCAGCUGUUUGUCCAACAGAUGGAUGUAGACUUAGAUUAUGACUUUGGCUGAAUUUGUUACCAUACUUCAUAUUCAACAGGUGAAUUUCAAACAGGCUCCGCACAGUAAACAUACCUUACUUUUAACUUACAUGUUGCAGAGAUCUAACUUUAGUUUUAUAGCACAGGCCAAAUUGCUCAAUCUGUGAGCUGUGCAGAUUUUUCCAUGCAGGUUGAGGUGUAUGAUGGUCCUGUUCUCCGGCCCUGUGGGUCAGACAGUACAGUCUGUGGUCUAACUGGGUGGAAGUAAUAGAUUCUGUGCCUGGCUGUGGGCCUUUGUGCUACAAAUCCCUUUUAUCCUCUCCCACCGACAACAAGGAAGCUGUGACAGACUGAAUGCAGCCUCUCACCAUAAUUACCAUGGAAUGGCCAUGUCAUUUUUGUGUGAUGGUUCAGACUUUAUUCUCCAGAUGUUGGCCUGGAAAUGUUCUGUUAUGUUCCGUGUGAACAUGUGUGGCCUGUUUGAAAGUACAAGUCUGUUACUGCUUUGCUCGAGAAGAUGCUGUCUGAUUUUAGUGCUUUGUUUGUGGAUAAAGGAUUUGUUUUUGAAUCCUGGCGCUACAUUUUUAACUCUUUUCUCAAUUCUUUCAUGUUCUUGUCGUUCUUGUUCUUGGGUUCUUGUUUCAUGGUCUUUUAAUAGCUGAAACCGUAAACUCAAACUGCAGUCGAAUCUUCUGUUUGUCUUUUGUUUUCCGCUGCCCGUGGCCUUUUUGUUUCUCUUGAUGGUGAUAAGGAUUGGCACCACUCCAGAUGUUUGGUCCAGAAAGGAAAGCUUAUUAGGAUUGCAGAACUCCUGUUGUGCUUCAAUGGCUGCUGUUGUUUGUACACAUGCUGCAGACUCCUUCACUGUAUGACCUUUCCACACCAGGACCAUACCCAAGUUGUUUUUUUCGCCCAGCUUUUGGACCUGUAAAAGGUUGUUUCAGGCACGAUCGAUCUCUCAACAACCUCCUUUUCAUAGAACUUAUUUGGAUUUCUUGAAAUUUCAGGCCUGAAAGAAACUGUUGUUGGUGGAUUACAAAUGUCAGCCCAUUUUAACAUACUUGUGUUUUUCAAGUUAACUGCAGCAUGUCUACAUUGUGUUCUUGUUUACCUGCCAUGUUCCUGCAGUUUCCAGCCUGUGGGUAGAGUCAACUUUUUGCUUCACCACACUCUGUCCUCCUGACAUCUGCACUCAGCCACUGUGUACAGGCCUGUUAUACAGCCAAAGGAGAGCAGAAAAGAUCCAGCAGGAGACAGGUCAGAUGCAAUUUUAACCUCAAACUGAAAGCCCUCUCACAGCUUGUUUCCAAUUAAGAGGCCCUGCCAAGCGAGAGAGAGAACGAGAGGGAUGGAGCGAUAGAUGAGGGGAACAGGAAAGAUAGAAGAGUAGGAGAUAGACUGAGAGAGAGAGUGAGUUAGAGGGGGAAACUAGAAACAGAGAAAGAGAAAAGAGGGCACCACGAGAGUCUGAGAAACUGAAAAAAGAGAAGAAAGUAAAAGCAAGACACACAGAAAAGAGGAAAAACACAUGCCAGCCAUCCAGCAGUGAGAGGUGAGUGCAAUAGCUGGCUGGGUGCUGACGCUGGUCUGCUAGGUGUAUUUAUAGACUUGCAGGGUUUUAAUCCUCAGUAUUGGCCCAAGCCCCUAGCAGAGGGCUGCUAGCCAACUGGAUGCAGGCUUUACAGAGCCUGGGGAAAAUGAUAAUCGCUAGGGAGGACGGUUGAUCUCAGAGUUCCUGUACAUUAAGUUUUAAUAGAUGUUUUCACUGAUUUUACUUCCGUCUGUGAUUUUAAGACACCUGAUUAGCAGUUUGUGUUUUUUUUUUUCACCAACAGGCUCCAGGUGUUCUUUUAAAGGAUGAAUAGAGUUGAUUUUGCACUCUUGUUUUUUCACCUCGACAAAAGAUCACCAAAAUAUAGCCCACAUAGUCCUGAUUUGUAGGUGGAUAUUACUUCCAGUGAUACCUCAAGUAUAGAUAAGCUUUGGGCCUUGACAAAAACCUACUACUGUCAAAGAAGUAUCUCUUGCAGCAGGCAGACCGAUCAAAUGCUUUUUUCCCACAUUGUGUCUACCAGCUAAAGUAAGAAAAUCAUUCAAAAACAACAACGGCUAGACAACCACUUCGAUGUAAGUGCCUGCUGUGACUGUGAAAGAGAAAAAAUGAGGGCGAAGCAAAGUGUUUUUUACUUCCAGAAACUGUUACAAGCAAAACCAUCAACCAGUCGGGCAUCUGCUUGCUACUUCAAAUUUUUUUAGAUGGAGAUGUUCAACAGAGAUGUAUCGUGUUUAUAAAAUAAAACUCAACUUCAUAGGCAAGACAUCUGAUUUAGUAACUGAAAUAGACAUCACUCCAACACACUCAAAACAGCCUUUGCAGGUGCACUUGUCCCAACUACCAUGCUUGUCCACCAACACUGAGCAGAAAGCAAAAGGUUGCCUUAUAUCUGUGAUGGCAUUUUAUUGGCUUCUGGCUGGAUCAGAGAAAAAUGUUGACAUUUGGGAGAUGUUUGUUGUGGUAUAGCACACUAAUAAACUGGAAAUUUAUAGUAGGCAUUUUCAUUUUGUAGUAAUUGUAUCUACCUGAUUUAAAUUCUAUAUUGAUUGAGGUAGUCUGGUGAACCACUGGAUGUCUGUGCACAAACAUGUCUGAAGAAAAGCAGCAGAAUGUGGAGGAUGUUACUGUAUUAAGCCUGUCUCUUUACUUUGAGUGUGCUUAGGUCAGUCUGUUUCUCUAUAAUACAGAGCUAUUGAAACUAGUCUCUCCUGCAACAUGCUCAGCACUAAUAUAACUUUGGUGACUAUGGUUUAUGAAAAGAUGCAAACAGUGGUCACUCUUUUUAACUCGGCUCUGCCUGGAAACCACCCACAGCCGGCCCUGCUGGUAAGUGCUGAACGAUACAGCAUGCCGCGGAGGAGUCUGGUCAACCACAAAACCACUCUUCACAGAUUAUAUGUUUCUUCCUCAUCUACAGAGGCCCCUGUGACACUUGCAUGACCACAAUCAUCAUCUUUGAAAGAGUUCGUAUGUUGAGUACAGUCUCAGGCGUGAUUCGUCAGGGCAUUUUUGAAAUGAAAAUGGAAGCACAGGCUCUCGAGCACAGCGGAGACCUUAAGUUUUCAGUGACUGUGUACAAGAAGACUAAGCAGCUACACUAUUUACACAGUCAACUCAAGCCCUUUGUUCAGGCUCCUGUUCUCUGAGGUUGCCGUUCUCUCGUAGCUCGGUCCUCACCCCCUCAGUUUGUCUUUUAAUGUCAGAUCCAUCAACAACGGGUUUACUCUCUCAAAUGUCUUUGCAGCUGAGACAACAUUGUACUGAACUUUAACUGACCAACAAUACUCAAGUGGCAGUUGAACUGCAUUUGGUGAUAUUUAUAUGUAUCUCUAGAGCGUUGCAUUGUCAGUUCAGCUUUGGUGCUAAUUUUUUCACAGCUGUUUGUCCCCCUGUGUCCUCUCUUUAAGGCUGGAUAUAGAGAAACGCUGGCACUCUCAGCUACUUAAGGAGUUUAGAUAAGCUCCUCUGAAUGCUGUGAUUGUGAACUAGUUUCAUAUCUCUGUCUGCUGAUGUUUAUCUUUCCUAAUGACAUUAGAACAGGAAAUGUGCGUCAGCAUGAAGCACGAGCCACUCUUCACUUUACCUCGGCAACAUUUUUUUUUCCAGUUUCAAGAUGUUUCUUCCCCGUGAGUCGCUUGUUUGCAUAUGAAAAUAGUGGUAUGACAGUUGAAUGCUUUAAAGGUUCUCUGUUUGUUGUAAAAACCCUUUUAAGCUCUCUGUUUCGAAGCAGACAAUGUAUGUCAACCAGGAGAUGUGCAGAGUGGAUCUUCCCUCUGAUGAAUGCUGUGUAAGAAGGGAUUUAUUUAGUCCUCUAAGUCUAAUGGCCCAUAGCUUUGUGUUAAGGGGUUGAAGUGCUAAACUAGAUGGAUGUAGCACUGUGUCCUAUAGAGCCUGGGGAUUAUAAGCUGCUCAUAUUUAGAGCUCAUGGAAAGGGAUAGCUAUGAUAACAAAAGCAGGAGGGAGGAUAACUAUACAGUCAGACUAUCACAUGGCUCGUCUUGUUUUUCUACGCCAAGUGCUCCCUGUCCUGAAUGAUAUGACUGAACUGACUCUGACAUGAUCCAAGUGAAGCCAGAGGCACGUGGGGCUGACCUAUUGAGUUACAGCUCAUCCUGUUUACCCACAACAUGAUUGCUUUGAGUCAAGCUGGUGACCUGCACAGAGUCUCAUCACUUAGAGUCCUGUCACUUUCUCAGUGCUUUAGGUCCAGUCAGUGGGUACACCAUGGAUGGAUGGAUGUCACCUGAACCAGCUGUAAAGAGGGUCUAUAUUCAAACGUUCAAACUGAUCGAUAACUCAUCAUUGUACAAGAUGAGUUUGCACGGUACUUGAAGUAUCUCCCGUUUUAAAUACACUUAAUUCUGUUCAUUAAAUUGUGGUUAUGUACUCUAUGUAAAUGUGUGCUCGUUCAAUCCCAUAAACUACCAAACGAAACUGUUUCCCAGAAGGAUUCAGUCUACUCACGUCUCAAUUGAUUGCCUUCUCAUUUUUCACUGCCAGGAUUUCUAGAGACGGAGGUCAAGAGGGAACAGAGGGUAUUACCAUCACUGUUCGCGUCUCAUCACUCAUUAAUUACUUGCCGUGUAUGUGAAGCAGCCGGCUCCACAUUACCUUGACGUCAGCUUUUGGACAUUGCCUUUGCUGUUACUGAGCACAGUCUAAUUUCAGAGUCAAAAUCUAGCAAAGUGUUGGUGUAGUUGGUCGUCAUUUCGACUCUGUGUAUUUCAGUGGGCGCUUGUGUGGUCGCAGUAGUUUUCUUCUCUCUCUCUUUCACACACUCACUCUGAUUCAAAUUCAAAUAUGCUUCAUGCGCUUGAAUGGUUUUUAAGCCGCACUGUUACUCUCUUUGGAGACUGGCCGUUCAGGACAGAGGGCAACACUACUUGUUGGCCGAUCUUCCUCCCGCUCCUGUCCUGACAGGAUGAUGUAUGUCUCGUCCUUGGCAGCCAUGUGCAGGUGAUGUAUACCACUUGGAAUGCUGGGAGAGUGAAAUAAGGAAAGGGACGUCCACGUGCCAGGCGCAGAGUGUGGUCCAUUCCUGGAAAAGCUUUUCUGUCCUCAUGUGGAAACACAUAUCACUGCUUCCUUGUGAUUAAGUUGGGCUGAACGUAACAGUAAGGCGGAAAAAAAAGAAGUUACUGCCAAACAAAAGUACACAAGUAAGAAGAAAAUAGUUUCAAAACACAAGCAGGACUUCCAGUUAUGAGUGUUAUUAUUGUUAAGUAUUGUUAUUACCACGGUGGCCUGGAUAAAGUCAAGUAAGACAUUACUGAUGUAAAACCCUCUGUAUGAUUUUUUUAACAGUUUGACUCCGUGGCAGAAGACUUCCUUUUUGGAGUGAAUAGUUGACACAUAGAUACAUUCAGAAAAAAAGUCUCGUCUGAUCUGCCUGUAUUAGUUUAUUGGUCUGUUUCUGCUAGCUUGCGUGCUAUCAGGUUCCAGGAACUUUGACCGAAUCUCAAAAGCCUUUGGUUAAGUUUGAAAAAUGAAGUACAGGGGAGAUGUGGAUAAAUAUUUGAUAGGUUUCUCUUACAAAGUCAUUCUGAGCACCACUGGAGUGGGGGGGGGAGCACCUCAGGACAACAGAUGUGGUUUUAUUGAACAGACCCGAUUCAGGAGGCAGAAAGUUUGCGUGACGCAUGAGGCACAUGUACCGUCCUUUCAAGCACCCAGAUAAGUUGCCUCCCAGGCAUGGCAGGGAUGGGGGGCUUUCUCAAUUAUCCCUCAUGUACGAUAAAAUAUGUUGUGAGAGCAACAUGCAGAAUUAAGCAGCACUCUGAAAUCAAGGCCAGCAAAAUCCUACUGGCUUAUAAUCCUUUGGUCAGUGUGGCGAGUGGACCUGCCAAGCCCAUGGACAUGCAGCCUCUAAAUCCCUGUGACUCUUGACUCAGUGCCACCGAAUAUGUUUCCCUAUAUUUCAUUUAUAAUUUUUGAAACGGGGGGGAAGGACUACAAUGCAAUAAUGAAUAGCUUCAAUGUUUCUGUUUUGGAGAUUUGGAGACAAGAAGUUACUUAUGUCAAGGAGUUGGCCCACACAACUGUUGUGUGUCUCUGAAAUGGACUCCAGCAAUGAAUCAUCACUGUGAUGGACCAUGCUGUGCUUUGUUAAUGUAACCACAUUUGGCAGCAUGGAAAAAUUACCAGCCAUCAUGUUGCGGGGCUUUGCUCGGUAGCGACAUGGAUCAUCAGAUAAAACUAGCGCACACACAUGCUGUGAACACACACUCUCACACAGAUACGCUACCUCUCGCUGUCCUCUUUGGACUCCACUUUGUCAGAUAAGGGCUUCAGCUUCAGUCAGUUCUGUGAGGGAAGAGGAAGCUCAAGCACACGCAAUGAUAACCUCCGGUAUGUGAUAGUGUUACCUCUUCCAUGAAAUCGCAGCCUUAUUCAAAGUACUCUUUGCUGCGAACCUGACCAGAUUAAGUGGUUAUUAGACUCAGUUCUUAGCAGAUUAAGUGAAGGCUCAAUAGCAUUAAACUCAUUAAAUCAUGUUGAAAAGAAAAAGAAGCAGAAAAGAAUGUUUCAACCCGAGAGAGCUGGGAGAAACUUAUAGCACCUGUUUUGUUUGUGUAUCACUCACUGCUCCAAACUUUCAGGUUCCUGUGAUUCAGACUGAAAUGACCCACGCUAUGAUUCUCAGCCUGCUUGGCCAAGCUUCACACAAUUUCCUUCCUCCUCUCACAUAGUGAAAUGUGCAACUUCCGCUUGUGAGGUCACAAACCAGAGGGCAAGACAGGAAGUGUUGUCUUUGAUCUCUCCUGCUGUUCAAACUAAUUACCUGCCCGCAGCAGCAAGCACCGCAGGCCGUGGAGUUCAUUAACAGAUGGUGGAGCUUUGUUCUGGGCUUGUGUGCCUGAGGAUACAGGAGAAUUUAGCUGUGUUAGAGUCGACUUUCUGCAGUCUAAUUCUGCCUGAGAUCAGUUUAACUUAAGAGUAACAAAGAGAGGCCAGCUCGCUUUAAAAGUAAUAAUUCUAUCGGUCGAACAAACACUUCUGUUUGUUAACUAACCCAGGUUAAUUUUGAGAGUUUUUCAGGAUGCAUCGAGUGUCUUUUACAUGCUUCUAACUCAGUAAGUCCACGUGACACAAAAUCUAAACUUACAUACAAAACCGUGGACAUUUGAAGGAUUUUAUAAACUUACCCGGACAAAGCCAGACAGCCUGGACAGCCCCCCAAAAGAGGACCUAUGGUCACCCUAAUAUAGUUAUUUUUUUUAAGGUAUCACAGUAUGAAGGUUUGAAAUCUUGCAUUUUUGCACUCACAGUGUCACUCAUACUCUAUAGAUAUGAAAGUGUCUGUGUGUGGUGUAUCACAGUAUCAGUACAGGAUUAGAUUGCCCUCCCCCCACAGCCAUCACAUUAGUGGUUGAGGAUUUAAUAGAGGGGUUGGAACCUGAGGCGUGACAAAGCUGUCCCUCUGCUCCCUUCAAACCUUUGUGAGAAUAACUGUGGUACAGAGUCGUCAGGUUGGGUAGUAAGUGCCUCAUCAUGAAAAUCAAAUGUCUUUCUAUUAAGCCAGCAAUAUUAGUAACUAUGAUCAUGGGUUGGUUAUUUAACGAUUUGACAGGCCUAGUAAUGUCCGCUGCCAGGAAAUAUGGAUGCAUAAUUAUAGAACCAAAUUGUGCGACGUAGUGCUGCUGUACUGAAAUAGAAACCUGUUACAUACCUCUGUGGUUGUUUCUGUUUUAAUGCUGAUCCUCGAACCCAACAGCAGCCUCUUGAUAAGGUAUUCCCUCUUCAUCUCUCAAUUCAAGAGCAUGCCAAGCGUAAGCCAAGUGCUUCAAAAUUCUGCUAGUUGCUGCAAUUCUGGAUGUCCUUUGGGAUAAACUGCUGUAUUUUUCCUUUCCCCCCAUCAUCAUUAGUACCGCCGCCACCCUGUAAUCUUUCUUUCUGUCACUGAGGCAAUGGGGCUUCUCUCCCCUCUGUGGUCUCGUAAUUGUGAGGUAAUCAUCUUUCCCCUCUUGAGAGCUAAAAGACUGUGUUUACACUUAGUUUCUGGCGGCUCAACUUGGCGAGACACUAAUUUACUCUCUCAGCAGCAGAAGAAGCAGCUCCUCUCAUUACUUCACACUGGCUGUGCACUCCGAGCCAUUCCUUUCCCAGUGUAUCUGCGGCUGGUUGACAACAGUUUGGAUGCACUCCCAUCUUGGAUCUCCUUUUUUGUGGUUUUAGUGCAAGUAUUACUCCACGCAAAUGACAAAAUAAUACAUUUUCUCACAUUUCUCACUGAAUUUUAAGUUGUUAACAUUUAGGGAAAUCUGUCUCUGAGAUUCCUAUCUUUUACUUAAUACACAACUAGGCACAGCACUCUCUUUGCAGACAUAUUACAGUUUAUAUGUAUCCUCUGCACAGUGUUAACAUUUAACCAGACAAAUAAGAUAUGCAGGUCGACAACCUUUUUUCCAUGAUGACGAGACAAAAGGCAGAUAAAAAUGUAUUUCUGGGUUUAAGGAACUUAUAAAUGUAUGUUUUAUUUAUUAAUAAGCUGAGACUAAAGUAUAAGAAGUGCAUUGUCAAAGAUUCAAAAUCCACAAAAUUUCCCUCAACAAUUCCCCUCAUCUAAUCUGCCUGUUAAAAAUGCAAUGAAUUCAAGUGACAGGCUGAAUGGUCAGAGUGCACAGUGUUGUUAUGGUAACUUAUCUGCAAUAAGUGCGCCACAGGCACAACUUUUCACUGACUCUAUGCAUCUUUCUCAUUGUCAUCAAUAAUUAUUUUCUAUGUACACAUCAGUGACAGCACCACAAGCAGCUACUGGGCAGAUGUCAGUUUAGGUUUUCACAUUUUCAACUGUUGUGCUUCUUCUUAACAGAUCCAUGUCAAAGCCUCAAGAUUUGUUGGUUUGGCAAUUAGUCAGAGAGAACAUUAUGAUGUUAAAGAGUUUUUCUCUUCUUAAACCAUCAACCAUCAGUGAAUAGUAGCUAAAAUGUAGCUGCACGCUUGUCACCACACGGGUGAUGGUAACACUGUCCGAUAAAAAUGGUCCAAUAAGGCUGCUUUUUCUUGACUUCCUCUCUCUAUAUGACCACUUUAUAAUAGACUUGUUAAAUUGCUUGUUAACGAAAUUGGCUAAACAGCCAAACACACGACAGAAACUCAAUGCAUUUAGGCAUGUAGACAUGGUCAAGACAACCUGCUAAAGAUCAAACCGAGCAUCAGAAUGGGGCAAAUGGGAGAUUUAAGUGCGUGAUGGGCUGGUCUGAGUAUUUCAGAAACUGCUGAUCUUAUGGGAUUUUUAUGCACAACCAUCUCUAGGGUUAACAGAGAAUAGUCUGAAAAUGAGAAAAUAUCCAGUGUACAGCAGUUGUGUGUAGAAAAAUACAGUGUUGAUGUUCAAGGUCAGAGGAGAAUGGACAGAGUGGGUAGAGAUAAUAGAAUUGCAACAGUAAGUCAAAGCACUUUUUACAAGCAAGGUAUGCCGCAUACCAUCUCUGAAUGCAUGACACAUCGAACCUUGAAAAAGAGGUGCUACAGCAGCAGAAGACCACACUGUGUGCUACUCCUGUCAGCUAGAACAGUAAACUGAGGGAACAGUUCACAGGCUCACCAAAACUGGACAAUGGAAGGUUACGAAAACGUUGCCUGGUCUAAUGAGACUUAAUUACAUGUAGAUUGAUGGGUCAGAAUUUGGCGUAAACGACAUAAAAUCAUGCAUCCAUCCUGCCUUGUAUCAACAGUUUAGGCUGAUGCUGGUAAAAUAGAGUGGGGGAUAUUUUCUAGACACACUUUGGGUCCCGUAGUACCAACUAAGCAUUGUUUAAACACCACAUCCUAGCUAGGUAUUGUUGCUGACUAUGUCCAUAUGUUUAUGACCACAGUGUACCCAUCUUCUGAUGGCUUCUUCCAGCAGGAUCAUGCACCAUGUCACAAUAGCUCUCGGUAUUUCCGGGAUUUUUCUUCAUUUCCUGAAACCAGCGCUGUGCAGUAGCGUGAUGACCCUCGGCUCAAACAGCGUAUCCCCCGGGUGAGCUACGCAAUCCCUGAAUGCCCAUAGGCUGUAUCAGGUGUCAAUCAUAGAAAACAUGAACCCCCUAAUAACUUUUAACAGAGCUUCACAGAAAAAAGAGGACUUGAGCACAAACCAGUCACAAGCAGGGGGGAGAAAAAUUUAUGUUCUGUGAAAUAAAUUUCUAAAGUUUGUCCACAGCUCCAUAAGCUUUCCUGGCAGAGGCGGGAUUUAUGACCUAUACUGCAGCCCGUCAACAGAGGACGCUGUUCUCGGAGUGGCUUCACCCAGCAAGGAGGCAGACUCUGUCCAUUAUUUAUACAGUCUAUGGGUGGAACAGGAAAGCCAUAUAAUGCAUGUGCAGCCUACAAAUCUGCGGCUGCUGCAUGAUGCUCUUGUGUUAAUCUGGACAAAAACCCAUGAGGAAGGUUCCCAACACCUUGUCUAAAAAAUUAAUACAGUUCUGAUUCCACAAUGUUUUUGCUGCUUUAAAUAGGGUCAAUGUUUGUGGGAAGACACAGUGUUUCUUUUAUGAGAUUUUUCUUAUGCUGUGUGCACUUCAAAUGAAACUCCUCUCAGUAUAAUGAAGACAGGGCACCAGAGAAUGAUACUACUUGAAGGUUUCUUGAGAAUAAAGUGAAAUCCAUAUCUUUAAAGUGUGGAAAUAAUCUCUUUUGGUAAUGUGCUUCUUGCCUGUAGUAUUUGCUAAAGCCUCCUUUUAGUACUCUUUUAAGUGAUUUGAAUCACGUCUCAUUGUUUCAGGCAUUUCCUUUUUCAAUCUCCAAAUUCACUCAACAUGAAAGAAAGCACAUAAUGAUUUCUACCAUGGAGUCAUUCGGUGUAAGUGGUGGAAAUAACCCAAGCGUGUUAAGAAGUGUUUUACCUUUACUGACUCAGCUGACCUAUGUUGGGUACUCUCUCUUGCUGUGUUCUCAGUCACACAGACACACACUUAUUGUUGGUUGACUCACACUUAAGGGUCAGAAGUGCAAAGAUCCAGUCAGAUGUAAAUUGCCCAGCACAUGUAAAUAACCCACACUCUCUGCUUUUCCUCUCCCCUCACCAUCCAACCCUAUUCCUCUUUCUCCCCUGAAUCACUUGCGUAAGACCAUGUCCCAAAAAGACCCCAUGCCUGCUCACAUUUACACAUGCACACACACCAAGGCACAUGAUCAUGCUGUUCCACUGAUGCAUUAUCCCUUCAAUAUUGUCCCAAAUUACACCCCCACGCAAACACAAAAUACUUCAAAACAGACUUCUCGGUCCUGGGCAGAUUCUAGCCUCAGCAGCAGUCAGGCUUUAUCUAAAUCCCUCUCUCGGCAUGAUGGAUCAGAUCAGAUCAGACACAGCCCGCAAGUCUGUUUGAUGGUGCAUUGAUAGCAAAUUCAGUUGAUAUCAUCACGUACUCUGAACUAUGAGAGAUAUUACAAAGCCCCCUUCUCCUGUCAUGGUUAUUGUCACGGUUGAUUUGCCAUUAAAGGGAGGGAGAUGUCUUUGAGCUGAGAGGGUUUUUCAUCUUACGGAAAUAAUUCAAUGUUUGGAAAAGCGGUCCAAAUGCUGAUAAAGUCUCUAAACUCAUAUAGGGAUACAGAAACUUGCAAGGAAACACACAUCCAGUCCUUUUCUUCAUUUCCCUCCUUUCCCUUUCUAGCUGAUUAUACCUUAGUAUGCUGCUCUCGUCUUGGCUUCCAUCAUCUUUGCCUCCAUUUUUCUCAUGUUUCACCCCCUCCCCAUGAGUUACCAUCCAUUCAUCACUCUCGCCUCUUCCCCUCUAUCUGCCUUCUCACAUCCGUCUAUCUCUUCCUCUAUCCAUCCCUGCUUGGCCCAGGAACAGAGGCAUUCCUGACCCGGACUUUAUCUCUCAUGCAGAGCAGCCCCUUGAAACAGCGGCACUAGAAGGAGUCGGUUACCGGCUGUUUGACAGCAUUCCUCCAAGAUCAGUGAGCGCUCAGAUUAAUCUGCUCAACUUCCACCUUUGUUCAGAAUAAGACACAUUUACCAGCCAUCAGGAGACUUGUGUAAUAUGUACAGUGUGUUCAUUCAUGCACUCAUUCAUGAAGUAAGUCAUUUACCAGAGCCUGGCUGCUGGUUAAAGGUGGACAAUCAUCAGUUUUCACUGGGCUCCUGAACCGUUCAGGAGUAGUGAGUUAUUGUUCAAUUGAAAAAAAAAAAGGCUCAAAGACUAUUUCCUGCUGACACAGAGCUAGUGAACUAUAAAGACAUUGUAGACACAGUGGAACACAGUUAUGCUAAGGCUUAAUAGUCUGUAUGAAAACACAAGAUACAGUUAUUCCCUACUAUUCUUAAACUAUAGUAGGUCUCAUUGCAGUACUGUGUUGUAAUUACCUGAUGGUACAUCUUAAUGUUGCCUGACGUUACGAGGCAUCCCUGACAUUCCAACACUAAUGGUUGUUUCUCUAACAACAGUCAUUUCAUUAUCUCCAAGACUCCCCUGUUCUGUUUUCUUUUUCGUGUCCAGAGAGCACUUCAAAGCAUCUCUCUCAUCAGCCUCAUCAAGCUGAUGGAUUGCUGAUAGAGAGAUGCGGAAAAAGCUUCCUCCAAACUCCUCAAGGGUUCAGUCAAAUUAAGUCAGCCCUUUUACUCUCCUAGUGAUUUUUUUUUUGAUAGAUGCUGAUAAAUCUGUGUGUUUUGGUCAGUGUGUGUUGAUCUUACUGAAGCUUACUCUCAAGGCGCGUAUGACACGAUUCUGGGGAGGGAUAUUUGUGGAGAUGAAAGGGUCUUGCUUUUUUGAUUCUCUAAGCGAGAGAGGGUGUAGGAUGAGUGCAGGCAAAGAAGGGGAACUAGAAAAAAGAAGAUUCAAAGCAUAGCAAUUAGGUGAAUUAACCUGGGGUCAUGUCGAACUGAGACCCCCUCUGUGUGCCUGUAAAUGUUUUAUAAAGCUGCCUUUGAACUCAUUAACCAGAGGAAGAUGAGUGAGAUCAAGGUGCCCUGAGGAAACUAGUAAAGGCUUUGUUUUUGAAAAAGCUUCAUUGGCGUCAACACCAUUAGUGUAACUUUAUACGCCACCAUGAAGGUGUUACUACCACUACCUUUAAUCUGUUCAGGGCGUGAACAGAAAACACCAAUGAAGUUUGCCCAGUACAAUAUUUUCUGAUCAGACUUGGUGAUGCAUCAUCACCAGUAUGACCUGGUGAAUAGGGGUGGGAGAAAAAAAUCGAUACAGCAUAGUGUCGCGAUAUUUUGUCUGGUGAUAUAUCGUAUUGUCUCAUUUACCAAGUAUAGAUUUUUCAAAUUAAUUGUUAAUAUGAAGUCAAAUCUAUGGUAAUGGAAAAUUAAAUCAACUGUUUGUCCAGUGAGGUCGGCAGAGGUGACAUCAUAGAGCAGGAGAAAGUUGCUACAACAAACAUAAGGUUUACAAGAUGUGCUGCAUGAAAAUAAAAUACUUAGUAAAUAAGACAAACAUAAAGGAAAGUCAAAUAAUAAAUUGGCUAAACAACUGAAAAAAUGUAUGAAUCGCAAUAUAUUGUAUCACAAUACUCGCUGUAUUGCGAAAUGUUAAAAAUUGCAUUAAUAUUGUAUCGUGGCCCAAGUAUCGUGAUAAUAUUGUAUCGUCAGGUCACUAGUGAUUCCCUCCCCUACUAGUGAACCUAAAGCCUUUUAAACAAAUUGUACUCUGGAUAUGUUGCAAGUUGCUCCAUCACACAUGGUUGGUAUUAGGUGUAUUCUUAACUAGUGGGAAUACAGUGUUUUGAGAAGGUGUGGGGUGGAGCCAUAGUUCUGCAUGCAAAUAUAAGAAGACAUAAUCCUCUGUAACAUCAGAUUUGGCUUUGAAAUCACUUUAGUAUGUCCUUGUGUAUGCCUGCAAUGGGGAUAAAGAUUAAUAGAGUAGGGAUUAGUUGAUUACCAAGAAUGUACUCCAAAAUACAAUUUUUGUUUGCUGGGUAGAGAUGACACACUUGUGGCUUUAUGUUACAUUUAGCUAUCAGCAUGGUGUUUUCAGCUCAAAGCAUAUUUCAAUACAAACCGGUCCGAUAAAGUUUUUGCGUACAGCUGAGAUGCUCAGUUAGAAGCUGUAGUCAUGUGAGAGGUGUCUCAUCUUGCCAACUGACCAGUGAAAAGUCAGUGCAGAGAGACUUGCAAAGCUGGCACGCAUCUGCAUACCAACAGCACCAGUGCCUCUUCAGCAUGUUUUUUCUGCCACCGGGCUGAUUAUGGCCCAGCUGCAUUCCAGCACUGUGGACAUGCGUAUGUCUUACCAACAAGAACAAGUAUGCGGAAAACUAGACACUAAGGCUACAUUCACACCGCAGGUUAUGAUGCACAAUUUGGAUUUUUUGUUAAAUCCGAUCUUUUAGUGCGGUCGUUCACAUUACAACGAUGAAUGUGCAUCUAAUGUGAACGGAAUGCGUCCGUGAAGUGGCGCACAAAGCACAAAUUGCUCUCCGCGCCUGUUUGUGUUGUCGAACAAUGGUGACGUUUGUCACAUAUUGAUCAUGUAUAGGUCAGAUGAACGCAACCUGAGUGUCCACACUGCAGUCACAUUGGAUACAUAUCCACAUAUCCACAUACAAAAGAGGCCUGGGUCGGAUUUGAAAAAAAUCAGAAUUGCACUGUCACACUUACAUGAAAAAAUCAGAUAUGUCACAUAUGGUUAAAAAAUCGGAAUUGACCUGCAGUCUGAACAUAGUCUAAGUCCAAUUCCACAUUUAGUCAUUUGUGCCUCACUCUGCAUGACUGUUUGUGAGGAUAAUGUUUAGGGGCCGGCUCUAAGUGUUGAUACUAAAGCAGAUGUUACUUGGGGCUGGCAAUUUGAUGUCUGGUAAGUCUUGGAACCAAUCAGCUAUCGGUAUCCCGGGGCACUGACCUCUUUUUGUGGCUUCUGGUAAAUCCAGCAGUUAGCAAUAGAGGACUUCCUGUAAAGUUUUCUUAUUCUGUGUAUCGCUGUUGUUUAGUGUUCAGCUGGCAACGUAAGCGAGAGAAUGGCAUGGGGAUCGAAAAACAAAUUUAAAGGGAUAGUUCAGUUAUUUUGAAAAGGGGUUGUAUGAGGCAGUUGUCAAUAGUAAAUGCAUUAGCCACAGGGAAUGCCAGGCAACUCAGCAGACAAGGCCAGGUCUACCACGUAAUGUAGCUGAUUUAAUAAACUACAACCACAGCACUGUUCCUGGUUUCACCAUCUGGCCUUAGGUUAGUGCUUCAUUUGGAUAUGUCACUGACAUCCUGUGAACUGUAAUGUUUUAAUACUUUCAAGAGGAAGCGGGGGAAGUUGAACAGUUACUGGUGUUUGGCUGGUUAUCUGUGUCAGCCUUUAUUUUACAGAUAUCCAGUGUCAUUAGAUAAUUAAAAAGUGUGUUAUCGCCACUCUGCUGUCGGUUUGAAUUUCCCUCCGUGCCAGUUUUCUUGCACCACUUUUUCCCAAUCUAAUGUCCCACCCACAUCUAUAUCUGAUUGGCUAGACUUCGAAUUUGGGUGUGAUUGUCUGUAUAGUUAAUGUGACUGUUUCCACUCUUGCGAUCGAUGUUCAAUGUUUCAGUUUUGACUGGAUAUUUCCUAAAGGCAUUUAAGCAGAGUUUUGUGUUAGAGUUUAUAAUGCUCCAAAUUCUACAUUUUGAUGGAAAGUGUUUUACUUCUUCUGUCAAUGCUUCCAAAUUUUGUUUGUCAGGUCAAUGAACUAUUCAUUGUUCUGAGCAUCAGCCCUUAAAUAGGGCGCUGAGUAUAAGACCCUUUAAUUCAAGCACCAAAUGCCUACCCAUCUGACACAGUAAUAACUGCAGAGUUUGUAACUUCACUUGUGUCUCCUUCUUUAAAAGCUAAAACUGUAUUUUAAUAAGGUAAAUAUUUAUGACACAGGCGUCUAUGGCUAAGUGGUUUAAGUGGGUGUUAAGUGACUGCAGAACUUGUUGCAUUGCAGGGUCCCAGUUUUGCUCUGUGACAGAUUGUAUUCUACCUCUUACGCAGUCUACACGGCCUGUUCUUUGCAUACAGGCAGCUAAAAAUACACAGUGUUAUAACCCUUACUACAAACAGAAGACUUAGAACACCAAGAUCUCGUCCUGAACCUGCAGAUUCAAGCUUUUAAUGCGAAACCCCUUCAUUGAAUUGAUUCUGCACUCUGACUUAUUUCUGUCUUGGGUUGUGUUUGCUAUGUUACAAAUACAGUGCAUGUAUAAAACAGACUUUAACCGUUUAUGAAUAAACUCCUUGAUAGCUUUGUGGUCUCCUGGGGUUGAUUUUUUAUCAUAAAGGCAGAUUAUUCCCAGUGAGUAAGACUCAGACUGUUCAGUCCUCAAUACUGCUGUACCCAGAAACUGUUUUUAUUUGUACAAGGUUUACUGCAGUCUCCAUUGGCAACAGAAAAAAAGAAAACUGAAGCUAUAGUUUGGGGUAUAAUGACGAAUGUUUUACAUUCAUUCAUGUAGGUGUCAUCACACAUCUGGUUUGUCUUGCGAGGAGUAGUUCUUCCAAUUAAACUCCAACUUUCCCUGAAACUCUGCUGCUAACCGCCUCCUAGGCGACAGGAUUAUGUCUCCAUACCUGCUGAAGGAAUCAUUAGCCAGCUCCAUGUUUAAAAUGAAGCUGGUCAUCUAUCGUGGCUGCAGGCGAAACAGUCAAGAUUAACUAUGCAAUUAAGUACAUUGUAGUGCAGGGAAUCUCAUUCAUAGAAGUGCUGGCCGUCAAUCUCUGAGCACCGGGGUAUUUUAAGCUCCAUUUCUUGAGGCAGGUUACCGUCACAUUUGUCACAGUUAUUCUGAGCACCAAAUUUGUGUCUCUCUUCAUCUCUUAAACUUCUGUGGUAUCAACUGAAGCACUAAAAGGCACUUCACUGUGUAUUAUGAAUACACACACUCUUAGAUACACACACACUGGAAAAUCAAACAUUUAUAGGCGGGGAAUUAUUGGGCCAGUGUCGUCGAUUUCUACAAGUGCAAUCAAGUCACUUCAAGGGUCUGAUAUUUCCACAUUCCUCUGGCAUCUCUCCCUUUACAGAAGUCUCUCACACUCCUUUUAGUAUUCAUCUUUAGGGCUAAUUAACCCCAUGUAACAUGAGUAUAAGAGGUGCUCAUUAACCGCAUAUUACACGUGGUUGUUUGAUCUCCUUGUAAGGAUCAACGCACUCAUAUCGUAAUUACUCUUGUGCUUGGAAACACAGUGUGCUUGUGUUUCCUUGAACAUACAGACCUAAAGCAAGUCUUCCUGAGAGAAUGUGCACGGUUUUGACGGAGUGCAUUUGUGUUUUUAAAUUAGGACAGCCCGGCUAGUUUUCUCUCCUUUUUGCUUGUCACUGUGUUGUGUACAAGCCUGACUCUUGGUCUGCGGUCUUGUCAGGGGAAACAAAGCAGCCAUAGCAGUGUCUUGAAAUAUUGAAGUGCCUGAUGUGUUUUGAGAUCAGAAAGAGGCUUUCUGUGUCUGUUUGCAUCUUGUGUGACACUGUUGCCAUGGGUGGUUCUGGCUGUAUGUGUGUGGGGCUCGGAUACACACAUACGCUUGUCAACUGCUGUUUUCUUGUCUUUCCCUUUCUCGUCUGAUGACACUCACUUUCAGUCGGUCCCUUUCAGGCCCAAAUUCCUCCAGCUUGAACUCAUAGUCCAGGAAACAGCCAACUUCUCGUCAGCUUGGCUCAACGGGCAAAAAAGGAGAAGCUGAAAAAAAGAAAUGAAGUCAGUUGGAUGAGGGGCAAGAGAGUGGGAUAGUAAAAGAGCCUUUUUUCCAUCUGAAGUCAGGGAAUUUAUAGAAUAGAAUAGAAUAGAAUAUGUUGCUAAGGACUCCCACCAUGACAAAAAUAAACUGGAGGCAGUGUAUUUGAUUAGAUCCAGGCCAUGCCUUUUGUUAUUUGAUUAUUCUAAAUUUGAAAACGUUUUGAUUUGUUCAACUGAAUAACUAAAUCUCCUCUAAGGAAAGGCUGCACUUUUAAUCCAAUCAUAACCAAAUGACAGUUGAUGAUUUGUUUGCAGAUGUUACCAAUUUUGAUCAGGGAAGAAUAACAACCCACCACAAUGCAGCAACAAAGUUUGUCUCAAACAAACUCCAGCAGAUAGCCUAUUGUUGUCAUUUUUUUUUUUCAAAAGGGACAUUUUUGAAGUAAAAAUGAUUUUUUUCCUUUCAUUGUGAAUCACCAAAUGAUAAAUGUGUUGACACAAUGAUAUUGAAAUGUGAUGUUUUUUUAUUCUUUUGCAUAGCGGGGGUCAGAGGAAAAUGUUUGUCUAACUAUAUGGUUGUCUUUGAAUUAGAUGGUUUGAGCCCGACGUGUUGUUUCAGAACGGAAGACAGUUAAGAUGAGCACACAUGAGAACUUGAAGUUGUCAGCGAGUCGCCAUGUGUCUUUUGAUUUUGUGUUGUUUAUGAGCCGUUGUGUCGUGAAUGUGUGUGGUCUCUCACGCAGAUUAUUAAAGACAAACACUUUUGGCUCUUCUUCUGAGCCUCCUCGGGCACUUUGACAGAGCGAGCUGUGCAUUUCUUUUUUAACACCAACCAGUCUUGUUGCUAGGAGACUGGUUGAUCUUUUUUCUUUGACUCAGCUCACUUCCUGUUAUCCUUUUGUCUUUCUGUGCAUCACACUGCGUUCCUCUCUCACAAUAUAACUAAAUGAGGUUUAAUUAUACUCGGAGAUGAAAAGGUUCAUGUAAAGAUGACAGUCGAUUUCCUACUCAAUUAAAAACAGAGGUGAUGGAGCACCACUUCACUGCUGGGUUCUUUCUCUUUAUACCAAUAAGAGGCUUAUAGUUUGAAACAGUGAGAGAGAUUCACUUUAUCAUUGAUCCCAUUUGUUGUUGUGUGGAGGAGAUGAUGCUGCAUCAUAACAUAAAAAAAGCCAAAGAAUAAAAUGUUACUCAGGUGAAACAAAGAAAUCCAACCUUCAAAUGAAGUGAUGCUUAUCUCUGUGGUGGGUUUCUAAAAAAGAACUAAAAUGUCAUUUAUCAUUUCGAAUUAGAAUAGACAAGUUGAAUCAACAGUUUACCUCCUGUCUCAGAUCUGGAUCGUUCCACUCAUGUUAAGAGUUGAGUUUCCUCCUGUGUACCAUUUGCAGCAGAACUUUUGUCAGGCCCGUGUAAGCAGUAUCAUCCUUGGCCUCCCUUUUCUCUCUGCUUUUACUGUAUCCUCUAAUUAACAGCCACUGUUUCCAGUCAGAACAGAGCAUGAGGAUUACUCCCUGUCUGAAUUAGACCCCAAAGUUCUUCUGCUUUACAGUGCCACCAAUCUGACAGUCCCUUUUGUGCAUACAUGCGUAAACAUAUUCAUAAAAUAUAGCUGAAAGGGCACAUCAUGACAGGAGUUGGUUAAUGAAGAAAGUACUUCUCAUAGUUAACAUCACUGCUGACAUGCAGAGGCAAACUGUGGGUCUGCUCCUUCCCACAGGCAGCCAUCUGGAAGAGCUGAGAAGAAUGGAGGUAUGUAGGGAGAGGAACAUCUGGUCUGCUUUGAGUUUGCACUGACAGGAAGCAUGAUGGAUGGAUUUACACAGAGCCAGGCCCAGAUAUAAACCUAUACUUUCAUUUUUAUUGGCCUGCAAAAUGAUCAGUCAUUAUGUGCCUCAGGCUGGAUUAUUUGUUUGCCAUGUUUAGUGAUGGCCCAUCACGCAGUAUCUGCGAUGGAGUCGGAUGUUGGAGCAGAGUGCAGAUUGAUAAUGGAUACAGAGACAAGAAGAGCAUCUGUGAUGCUACCGAGCUUGUAACAUUAUUUACUGCAGCCUACAGAUAUUAACAGUGUGGAUAAUGGGUGCCUGUGGACAUGAUGGUGUAUUACUAUAGAUGGCAUCAAGGUUAACCCCAGCUUUUAUGCUAUCUUUGGCUGCUAAUCUUCUCUCAUCUCACUGCAGUGGCUGUGAACUACAAUCUACUGUGGGAUUAUCCAUUUAGAUGUAACAUUUUCACCACAUUUAUCAUUUCAACUGAUAUUCUACAGCACACUCACAUGCAACCAUGUGACAGCUCAGUACAGUGGUUAUUGUUUUGCACCUCAAUGCAUGUCCUUGACACGCAGCUGAUGGGUGUCUUGGCUGUGUGUGAAUGUGUGAAAAGGAAGUGGAUCAGUUGAAUCAGUGAGGCUGUUUCAGUGCACUGACACCAUGCAGUGAGAAAAACCUAUGCAGUGUUCAGGAAAGAUCAACUAAAUGCACAAGUAACCUGUGCACACACAUUAAGAGUUAAGGAAGGGGAGAAAAUGGCUCCAUGGCCAAACACCAUUUGUAAACUCACUUGUGCAUCCGUCUUUGCACUCUCUUUAGAGAUGUGAUCUUUGCGAAUGAGUCGAUCAUUUGAACGGCUCUUUUAAAACGGGUUCACAGUGAAGAGCUGUUCGUUUACGAGGCGCUUUCAUAUGCAGAUUGCCCACACUGCCAUGCUACACCAGGUAGUUAUCAGUUGUCUGUAGCCUGCGUAGUUUUUACUGUACCACAAAAGUUUUUAGUUGAGGAAAUUUUACAAAAUAGUGAUCUCACUGUCAAAGCAUUGGGUUAUGGCACUACCUUAUGCAUUGUUUACAAUGAAAACACAAGCCAAAUGAAAUUAUAAUCAAUAUUUCAGAUAAUUGGCACUCACUUGCGGCCCUGGUUGACUUUUAAAGAAUAAGUAAAUAUAAUAACGGGCCCGUCUUUUGAACGGCUCUUUGAAAGGAACAGCUCCUAAAGAUUGAACUCCCUUCAAAGAGCCAUUAAAUCCCAUCUCUUAUUCUAAUGAAACCAGGGGCGUAUUUUAUUUUUAACACAUGCACAUAUUUUUUUAAUUCUUGAGUAUAAAAAUAGACCUCUAAAUACAAUGCAGUACUAUUCAGUCUGAAAUCCAGUCUGCACAACCUUUCGUGCUCUCCCUCUGGUACAUGUAUAAAAUCUACACUGAAGGAAUCCCAAGCAGCUCCCUAAUCCAAGCAGGUGCUGACUGAGGUUUAGAUUGGAUAGAGGGAAUGAGGAAGAAGUGAGGGAGGGAUGUUGAGAUGUACAGGUGAGAGGGCAAAGAGUUUAAACAUGAGACAGGGGAGAAAAGAAAGACAGGAACGUGUGCUUUCCAGGUACUUCAUUGUCAAAAGAAGGUGCCUUGGUCUUUUCCUGUACUUCAUGCUUUAGUGAGCAGGUUUCAGGAAACUUGAUCCUGGUCUGGGCUGUGGUCCUGUGGUCCUGUGGUCAGGAUUUUUUUCAAUAAAACAGAAAGUUUAAAGACAGAACUUUAGCACUGACCAUGUAUGUAACAGUGAAUUUCUAUUAAAGGACAAACAUGUAUUAGUUCGUGGUUAAAGAUUUGCUUUUCUGUUAUCCUGCAGGUAUGACUACAGAGAGAUGCUCUACAACUCCACAUUCUGUCUGGUACCUCGAGGACGACGGCUGGGCUCCUUUCGCUUCCUAGAGGCUUUGCAGGUCAGUGAAUCGCAAACAGAUAGAUGUUGGUCAUUAACACAAGGCGUAGCUGUUACUGAAUCUAAGCCAGGUGAUAUGCACACAAAAUGGUAACCCAGGAGGUUUGCUCCAAAUGAAACACAUUCCUCUGUCUGGCAUCUUGAACCAAAAAUGGACAUUUUUAUACACAAUAAGUCAACAAGUUUCAGUUCAACCUACUUCACGAUGUUCCCUGCUGUGCUGGUCUCGGUCACGCCGAGUUAACAGUGAAGCACCAUGUAAUAUGCAAGCUAAAGUUGGAGUUAGCCACCUGCUAUUAGCCUUGCCCCCCCCAAAUAAUCGGUAUCAGCAUCGGCCUCAAAAAAUCCAUAUCAGUCGAGCCCUAAUAAAUACUAUGCAGGUUUCACAAGGUCCUGACAGUAGAAGUAGAAGUUCACUUUUGUAGUUUGACUCAGCAGCUGAACAUAAUAAGUCGAGCUUCUUAAAGACAUCAUGUAGUGAGUCAGCCCUGAGUUAUGUUGCCCUGAUAAUGAGGCUAUUAAUGGCUGGUUGUGAAUGGAAAAUAGUGAUCAACCCGGUUGCUCUAUAGGCUGCUCUUACUCACUGUCAGUCAUUGUGUUAUGGUGCAGACAUUGUUGAUACAGCUGUGUCUGACUCAACGCCUGCCAUCUCCCCCCCCCCCCCCCCCCUUUUUUUUUUUUUAUUCUUCCUUUGACCGUCUGUCUUCACCCACCACUUUGAGUCAUCCUCCCCUGUAACAGUACUCUUUUAUUGUACUGUUCGAUUUUUACAUGAGUGUCCCCAUUAUCUUUGCACGGAGCUCAUCUUACUCAACGUCACAAUCUGCUCACUUACUUUAAAUGUACACAGAUGUUCAUUUCAUCUUUUGUGACAGUAAAAAUGACUAAGACAGAGAGUGUAUGCAGGUAUGAGCAAGUAGACAGCAUAAAUGACCAGGUGCACUUUACUUCAGCUGAACAGUUUCACUCAGGGACUUUUAUUUUGAAAAGACCUUCCCCCUCCUACUUCACUGUGAGAACACAGCGCUGAGCUCAACCUUCAAAAAUUAAGUGCACUGCAGUUAUGAAUCAUAGAUUUUCUUUAAAAAAUAAAUAAAUAAAUACAUAAAUAAACAAACAUCUCAUACUCACUCUCUUUGUAAACACUUCCCACCUUCACUACGUCACUGUUUGUAUCACCAGAUCCAGAAGUUAAAUUAUCUGUGAGAUUAGGUAGCAUACAAAAGAAAUCCUUCUAUGACCUCUCCACCUGCUAGCCAGCUCCUCCUAUUUCCGAUUAGUUAGCUCUCUGUCACAUGACCAUGGAGCACGAUGAAAGGCAUUGAGAGUCAGAAAGGUAAUUUGAUGGGUUUUGUCAGCGUUGGAGUGAGUGGAAGGGUGAUUUGACAGUUAAUACCUGCUUUGGGAAACACGUUGCUCUUGACAGAAGUCAUUACACUUGGCCUCUUGGUAAGCAUUACUAAUCACCACCAGUCACUGCAUUAGCCAGUGUUUUAUGGAGGAAUGGAAACCGUAAAAGUCACUUACACUAAGUCCCAGAUUUGUUUUAAUUUCUCUCUCACAGAUUAAAUUUUGGUUGCAUAUUCAACCAAAUUGGUCACAGUUCCACAGAAAAGUUUAAAUAAAAAUAACUUAAUUUCAUGAAGAGUUCCUCGAAUAAACUGAUUUUUCAAGGUACCAGAGGUUGCUUUGUGACUAACUGAUCCGAAAACAUACUAUUGCAGAUUUACGAUCCACUGGUACAGAUUUUUGGAGUGAUACGGCUUAAAUACUUAUGAUUAGACCAAAAACUCUUUUUUCGUUUUGUAUAUCCAAGAAUUUGACUAUGAAGACCAAUUUUACGAUCAUGUGAAAGUACUUUCUUUUUUAAUGACUUUAGUGGCUUACAUGUCAUUGGUAGCUGUCUGUUAUUGUGGUCUGAUCAAUUGAAGACCUGCAUGUCUCUGAAAAUUAAAGCAGUGGUGUUGGUGAUUUCCCAAAGGUCUGAUCAUUUUGGCUCAGCUUUUUUUCUUCAUUGAUAGAAAUCAUGCUGAAGGGUAAUAUUCUAUUACAUGUAACAAGCAGAUCAUGAGUCUGUUAUGUGUUUUAUUUGACUUCCUAGGAUUCCAGUUGAAAUAAGCAGUUUGUUUAAGUGUAAAUUUCCUUACAUCUAAGCGCACACUUGUGCAAUUAAAAGUAGGUUUGUGCACAGUUAGAUAGGGCUGGGCGAUAUGGCCUCAAAUCAAUAUCACAAUAUAUUGAGCAGUUCACCUCAAUAACAAUUAAUUGGGCAAUAACUACUCCACAAGCUGCUCACCCCCUCCCACAUUAACUUCGUCUACUUCACCUGCCGCUCCAACUUUUGAACCGUCCUCCAUCUCCUCACCUGUCUUUCCCUCUUUGUUAUAGACUGGAUGGGGUGGAGUCACGUCUUUGAUUAGAACAGCGUCUUAAAGGGACAUGAGAUCGUAGCCUACCUUCACACAUCCAAAACCAACUUUAUUUAUGUAUUAAUUUUUUGGACACUGAAUAUAUUGACAUGGGCAAAAUGAUGUUGGUUAUUGUAGUAAAUUUCGGCAUCUGUAAAUUUUUGGUUUAUCGCCCAGCUCUACAAUUAGAUUUGAGAAUUGACUAGCUUUUCUUCUUGUGAAAAGGUAGAGUAAAAGUCUCGAUGUAAUCCAAAGCAACAUGAGUCUUUUUUCCAUUUUUUUUGUGAGUUCUGUUCGUUUCAAAGCAUGUAAACUCUCGUCCUGGGAAAAACGAGUAGAAAAGAGGUAUAGUUUGAGUGUGGACUUGAAAGUUUCCAACUGGAGUCAGCCAGUGGCUGUUUAUUGGUAGGAAUGGAAAGAUAAUUGCACCACCAGGGAGUCAGGAUUGAGCUGAGGUGAGACUGUGGACUCAUGACUAGAUCCUAACAGGAGAAGAAAUCAGUACAGCUCUGGCUGAAAUAGCGUGCAGCAGAGGUUAUCUAGAGUUAGAGGGCUGGACCAUGGCCUGGAGGUAUUAGUGAGUCUCUGCUUGUGCUGACUUACACAGAAGCGCAGGAGUUGAAGAGGGCAGGAGGAUACUGGAGGAUGCGUAGAAGUUAAAGGCCAGGCAGGCUAGAAGCAUCAGUUAAUUCCCUCAUGAGAGUAUGCUAAGAGGCGUGAUGGGAGACUGUGUACAAGUCAAGAGCCGGGAUGUCACAUGAAGCAGGGUUGACUGAUCCUGCAGAUGACGUAAAGUGCAGACCUGCAGGAUCAGGUUGUGCAAUGCAGGUGCCCUGACAGACAGCAGGCUCGAGUCACAUUGAGAUUCUCUGCUACACGUGCAUGUUUGCAAAAUGUAGGCAGUCCACAGCAGGGAAUCUUAUUAAUGAGUGUUUGUCCUGUGUGUGCAUGCAUGUGUGCGCGCGCAUGUGUGUGUGUGUAACGUGAUGAGCUGGGAGAGGAUUGAGCUCCAGGAGUCUCUAGUUGAUUGCUCAGAGCAGAUAGGUAGAGAAAACAUGGAAGCAUUUCAGCAGAUUGCUGCCUUUGCUAAUGAUGCCGAGGAGAUUAGACAGGGACUGCGGCACUCUGAUGCUGAGGUGUUUGUGCCCGGGCAUGCAUGCACGUGCACAAGCAGUGACCAAGGCCAAUCAGUGAAUGGUACCAUGCUAAACAGAUUAAAGGAAGAACAGGAUUCUGCAAACACACAAACGCAGACCUGAACUUGCAGCGAACAAGUUUGCAUACACACUGAAGUGAAGGAGGAGACACGCACACACAUGCACACGCAUACGGAUUCCGUUAAUCUCUUGUAUGCAUGGGUUUUAUGUUCAAGAAUGUUUUGGAGUGUGUCUCUCUUUAUAGGGGAACAUAAUUAUAAUUUUAUGAAGCUGCCCUGCCUAUUCUCUCGGAGAGUUAGUCAUCAAGGUACCACAAUGCUUCUGUAGUUAAUGGGAAUGUGCUUGAAGAUGAGUCGCUCCCGUUGGUGAAAUUGCCUGAUGGGAUUGCUGAGGAAAUGGACCAUGUGCAGUGAUUGCAUUGGUUUGCUGAGCAUAAGCCAUGUUGUAUUAUUUUGCCGUUUUCUCCUCUCUCUCAUGUAUGCUUUGUUUUAUUGCUCGUAGCUAUACAAACUGGAAAAAUUAAUUUCUUCAACCAAUUCUGUGUUCUGUGUUUGUGUUUGUGUUUGUGUUACUCCAACAGGCUGCCUGUGUACCUGUGAUGCUGAGUAACGGCUGGGAGCUUCCCUUUUCAGAGAUCAUGGACUGGAACACAGCAGCUGUAAUUGGGGAUGAAAGGCUGCUAUUACAGGUAGAAACUUGACACAGAUCCUAAAGCUGGAUUUUCAUAAGAGUUUUCUCAUCAGAAACUAGAUGAGCUCAUUGUACGCUGCUGUCACACAGCCAAUCAAUCUUUCAUUCGCUUGAGCAUGACAGCAUCAUUGAGUUUUCAUCUGGUCGGAUCUUGAGCAACGUUACUAACACAGCAUAGAGAUAUUAAAGAUGUGUCUGCCUCAUGGAGUCAACUUUGCACCUCAGUUUUGUGUCUAAAAUGUAAUUUUUUCCAGCUCCUCUGCCCAGUGAAGCUCUGUUUUCUGCAUUUCGACCACCAUUUUCCAAAGCAGUCAGAAUCAACAGUAGGUCAAGGAUUUCAAGUAGCACUUAGAGUGUUCUCAGUGGUCUUUAAAUUGUGAUUAUGAAGUUUUUAGCCAAAACCACUAACCUGUGUCAUUUUCCAGAGCUUUUCUUCUGCAGAGCUCCAGUAGCUCAUUAGCAACUUGGCUCUGAGUCGUGGGUGGAGACAGCGCUGCUCUGCACACUCCUCGUCACACUCCUCGUCACACUAGCUUGUAACCUAACAUUGCCGCUGUAGUAGAAGUGGCAGGUAACAUAUGAGCUAUUCAGCUCUUGGACACUGAUGUCUUUGGGGACAUGAUGAAAGCUAAUAUCAUAAUGAGCUUUCUCCCUAGCAUUGCAAUCCGCUAACGCACACGCUUGUUCCGCAAUCGUCCUCUAUUUUUCCGAGUGUGGCCUGCAAAGAUAGAUAGAUAGAUAGACUUUAUCGAUCCCAAACUGGGAAAUUCCUAAGUUACAGCAGCAAAAAACACAAAAUAAAAUUAAAUAUAAGAAGUAUGUACAAUACAGACUAAAUAUACUAAAUAUAUAAAAUAAAAAUACUAAAUAUAUAAAAUAAAAAUACAGACUAAAUAUACUAAAUAUAUAAAAUAAAAAUACAGACUAAAUAUACUAAAUAUAUAAAAUAAAAAUACAGACUAAAUAUACUAAAUAUAUAAAAUAAAAAUACAGACUAAAUAUACUAAAUAUAUAAAAUAAAAAUACAGACUAAAUAUACUAAAUAUAUAAAAUAAAUACAGACUAAAUAUAAGGUGCUCAGUAAUGUGUCGUGGUGGGAGUUUUUAAAAAUGGACUAUCCAGCAGACAGAUGUGAGUCUCUGUCCGACAGAUGUACGUUAUUGAAUAGUGCUAUUGCCGCCCCAGCGAGGCUCCGGGGGCGGAGCUUGGAUUUGCUACAUGGGAAAUCUCACUGCAUCUGAACCUGCCGUCUGUGUCUGUGAGAGGUUCAUAGCGAUUUAAAUGCAGAAAUACUCAGAAAUGCAAUUUCGCACUUACUUUUCUCAUGAUAUGUCCUCUAGCAUCAGAAAAAUGCCAUAUGAACAUGUAGACAACAAGAAAAACAUGAUUUUCAUCAGAGUGGGUCUUUAAAUCAGUUUUCUCUUCUCUCUCAGAUCCCAUCAACAGUGCGCUCCAUCCACCAGGAUAAAAUCCUGUCGCUGAGGCAGCAGACCCAGUUCCUGUGGGAGGCUUACUUCAACUCUGUGGAGAAGAUAGUGCUGACCACACUAGAGGUGCAGAUUCAUUCAUGUUUAUCAUAUAGUAGUACUAUUAAGCACAAAUGCUUUGUGGUUGUUAUUUAGUAAAAGUGGUUUUGUUUUGUUUCAUUUUGUUUUGUUUUGUCGUGAUAAUUCUUAGCUCUUCAUCCCGUUUAUUGACAUUUUGCUGUUAAGCUUAUGAGUGCAGCAUGCAGCUGCAGACAAAGCACCCACAAUGCAACAGCGCCAGACCGGAUUGAAAACCAAGAGGGAUGAUAUACUCUGUUAAAUAGUGCUGUCAUGUUCCUGAGGCUUUCGCUUGCUGUGGCUUGGCUAUCAAUCAUGUCAGUAGUUUGUUCCUGUCAGACACCAUUUGUCUGUUUUCUUCCUGCAGAGAGGCAGGCUAUCACACUGCUCUCAGGCUAGAAUUACAAACAAGCAAAGAUGAGAGCAGAAAUUUGAAAAAAAGGAUAGAGGCGCAGGACAACAGACAGGAUGCACAAGGCUGCAAGAGUUUGUGUGUCCCCAAAUUAAGCUGAUAUCAGUACUUCACAAAGUGUCAUAAUUUUCCUCCAGCUGAUUUUAUUCUGCUGAGAAAAUGACAAAAGCAGCACUUCUGGUUUUCAGCCGUGUUACACUCAAGCCUCAUUGCUGACAGCAGUCAGUUCUCGUAUAGUGUUACUGAGGUUUUGUCCCAAGAGGGCGGGAGUCAGGAGGCUGGAAGGCAGAGCUGGGAUUUCUAUGUCAGCAGGCUGAAGUUACAGCCCCAAGAAGCUGAUCUUCGAUCUGUUUACACCCUCAGUGUCUGAACCCUGCUCCAACACAUACCGUAGUACAUGACUAUAGGGAGGGCAGUGUUUUGGCUUUAAAUUGAACCUAUUAGUGUGCCAGUGGUGGAGAGGAACUCCAGGUAUUGUGCUGUAAACAAGGUAGAGUUUCAACUCAAGUAUCUGUUUAUUACCUCAAUAUCUUACGCGAAGUAAAAGGCUUUAUUUUGCCCUGUAGCUACCACAUACCUCCAGAGAAUGCUAAAUAUUUAAUGAUGGUAUCCGCUCACAGUGCAGUCUUCUUAGAGCUUUGAAGGAGUGGGAAGCAGUUGAUACUGUAAAGUACGCUCAAACUUUGAAAUAUCGGGCUGAAUAAACGGACCUCAGGUUUGGUUUUUUGGAACCUCUGCUGCCGACCUACUUUAUUUUGACAGUCAUACUGAAGUUAAGGUUCUGUUUAAUGUCCUCUCUUCAAUGUGAAAUGCUUUGGGUAUUGCAGCUUGUGGUGUGCGGACAGAAAAAGCUGGAAGAGCAAAUAAAUUUUCUGAAAUCUGCUUCUGUUUUUUAGAUGCUGGGUGAGUCUUACCAAUUCAGGCCAGCUUGGUAGAAUUUAAGACAGUUUUAAGCAGUUACAUUUAUUUUUCAAUGAGACAAGAGACAAAGGGAAAUUCUUUCAAUAACCAUCACAAAAGUAGAAGGUUUUUUUUUGGCUUUAAUGACUUUGAAAGCAGUCUCCUUUGUUUGAGGAUUACCUUGCAUUUUGAGAUUCAGAAAAAUGGGGGACAAACUACCUACCACAGAUGAGGAUGAAAUGUAUUCAUUUCAAAUCUGUAAUAGAUGUAAUUUUCUCAAUCUUCAAAACCCCAGCUAAUAAAUUUCCCAAACUAAUUGAAAUUAUGCAUUUUGUUUAUUUUUAAUCAAACUUAUCAAGAGGGAUUGAAUUGUGCCGUGCAUUUGUUUGAAUGAUGUGGUAUGUGCAGAAGAUGAAACUCAAAACAACAAAAUGGAGCAGAAUAACAAAAGAGGAUGAGGUCAGUUUUCUAGCAGCUUAUUACACUUGGAUAGUCGGUGUUUGAUUUGAAGGGGUAUAAAAAGCUUUAAACUUAGGCCUGUGUUGUAUUUUAUCUGUCAAAUAAAAACUUGUAUUCCCUAAAUGUACCCACUUAACAGAGGAAAUGAAUCUGUAUCUCCUCUGCUCCCCUGUUUGUACAGAUCAUCCAGGACCGGGUGCUGCAGCACAUCCCCAGGAGUAACCUGAUGUGGAACAGCCUGCCUGGAGGCCUUUUCACCCUGCCUCAGUACUCGACACACCUGGGGGACUUCCCCUUCUACUACUCUAAGCUGGGUCAGUUCACUAUUCAUGCAUAUGCUGCUGUUUGUUGAGAGCAGCAUUAAUGGCACACCCUGGGGUUUGAUUUUCAUCACAUGGCUCUGAAACAUCUGGUGUAUGGCAGCUGUUUCAGUCUCACAGCCUAACACGUGAUUCGGUGACAUUGCCACAAGUUAUUCAGUCUAUUUUUAUUAAUUUAUGAUUUGUUACUGAGAAACCGGCCAAUUAAACCUGCCAUGUUGCCAUGUUUCAUUUUUGCUUGAUUAAUUGGCCUGACAUGAGACUUGCUGCUGACAUUGGGAUUUGCUUAAUUGGCACCUUUCUCCUUUACAAGCCGUAUUAGACCUUUUUUUGAAACACUAUACGCUGAGUAAACACCGCUUGAAGAUAACAAGCACAAACUCUGAGAUGUUCAAAGAUGUGUGUGGUUUCUUUACCCAUGGCAAAGUCCUUCAUGUGCAUGUUUAGAAAAUGUGACAGAAAUUGCAGUAAAGCCCCAUAAAACUAUGCUAACAAUGAUCAACCUACUUAGAAAGUGUAUACUUCUUACUGCACAGCUGAAGGAAAAUCAGAAUACUAUUCUCAUGUUUGCUUCUUUUCUUGAUGUAUCCCGACUGUUUCCAGGUAUUAAGCCGUACCCCAAGUUUACAGCGAUCAUCCACGUGGUGACCCCGCUGGUCUCCCAGUCUCAGCCAGUCAUGAAGCUGCUUGUGGCUGUGGCCAAAUCCCAGUACUGUGCUCAGGUAGCUAAAAACCUAACACAACACACACACACACUACAUUACUCACCUCUCACUGCUGAGAUCAGUUGGUCAUGUGUUGAAAAGAAGGCAGUCAAUUCACAAGCUGAUAUAUAAGAUGAAUGUUGAUUUCUAAAACACACUGAAUCACUUACAGAAAGUGGGCGAAAUAAGGAAUUGAGUUGUAAGUCUAGAUGCCAGAAUUAUUUUUAGAUUUAUCACUUCACUAAAGUCCAGUGAUAACUUUGAAAUACCGUUUUCUUUUAUGCUGGGUAUGAAGAGAAGCUGUCCUAUGAUUUCCAAAUCCACAACUGAUCUACUUGAAACUAUUUCUGCUGAUACUAUAACAAGAAACCAUUACCAGCUGGACAACCAAAAGUAUAGAGCAUAGAAACUGUAUGUAACAGCUACACUUCUUUUAUACUACAAAAUAUAUUGUAUACAGUUGUAUAUGAUACUCAUAUACUAUAUAUGUACCUGUAAAAAAACUAGAAACCAUCAGUGGUGAAGGUAGAUGGCUGGGUGGAUCGCCUUUUUAUUGUAUGGUCUCCAUCAUUAAGUGAUUUUUUUUUUCAGCCAUGCAUAUACAACAAGAGUUAGGAUGUUGCGUAAACUCUGGAUAAAACCUGAAAUUGAUCAUUUUAGAAAUCAUUUCAAACUUACAAAGAGGUUCAAUAUUUGCCUGUACAGAAAUUCCACACAUAUUCACAUGCAGAUGAUGACUAAGGUUUGCCUCUUGUCCCUGUUGUGUAGGUGAUCGUUUUGUGGAACUGUGACAAGCCUCUUCCUGCCAAACACCGCUGGCCUGCCACCUCAGUCCCCGUCAUUGUUAUAGAGGGAGAAAGCAAGGUACACUUCUUUCAUUAUUCACUGACACUGGCAGCAUUUUUCACCAUUUAACACCAGUUAAAUUUGUGAUUGAGGAAGUGAAAACCAGCAGGCUGUCUAAACUUUUUUUUUUAAAUUUUACUGUCACAGAAAAGCAUGGUAGUUAGUCAAGCUGUUUGUAGCCUCUCUCCUACUUUCCUCUUUUCUCCCCACAUUAAUAUCACUAGAUACUGAUACUAGCUAUUGUGUUACGACCCACAGCAUCAGAUUAAAUAGUUAAUGUGAUUAAAAAAGAUUUAGAGGAUUUAGACAACCUUGCUGCCCUGAAAUGUAUUCCACUUUUGUAAUGGAGUUUCCAAAACCCUCUGCAUGUAGUAGAAUCAAGAUUGUGGUUACACCAUGUUGACCAAUAUCAAAAUUAAGAUCAAGCUUUUUAUUGUGAAUUUCUAGUUUGUCCAUUAGUAUUGUGGUACUGAACGCCAGUAAUCAAAGCAACAUGGGACAGCAGUUUCUGUAACUGUAUGUGUAUUUCAUAUGUAAGGGACUGGCUGACGAUGCUGCUAUCACAGUUAAAAAGGCCUUGCAGUAUAUUUCCAAAAAUAUCUGGCAUUUUGUUCAGUGAGUUUAUGUUUUCUUGCCAGACAGCAGAAACUGCACUGUUUGUCUGCGGGGGGAGCUGCUCUGCUGCUUGCAGAUCUCUAUCAGUGGUUUUAUUUCAUCAGUAGAAUUCUGUAUUUCUGCUGUCAUCUGUGUUGUGUCAGCUCGCAUGUUUGGCUGACUCUGCCGCUAACACACCAAAUGUUAAACAACUCUAGCACACAGGCAUGAAGGAACAUGUAGCGCUGCUUGUCAGGCAGGUGUAUCUCACUUGCGCACACACAGGCCUUGUUUAUACCCUGUUUAUUUUUACCUGCACGUGACUCUAUUAACUCACUGUCAGCAACUGCUCACUUUGUUCUUUUUCUGUUUGUGUGCCUCCUACCAGGUGAUAAGCAGUCGUUUUCUGCCUUAUGAUACCAUCCCGACUGAUGCUGUUCUCAGUCUGGACGAGGACACCGUGCUCUCCACCACAGAGGUGAGAACGCCGCCUUUUUUUAAUUACGACCGUGUGCUGCAGUUCUUGUUAUUAAUAGGCCUCUGUACUUUAUGUAUCCAUUAAUAAUUUUAAUGAAAUGAUUUAAAGCCAGAAUAAUUUGUUCUGGUUUCACUGACCUCAUGUUCUCUGUCUCUUUUGCUUCUCUCUGAUUCCACUCUAGGUGGACUUUGCCUUCACAGUUUGGCAGAGUUUCCCAGACCGCAUUGUUGGCUAUCCAGCCCGCAGCCAUUUCUGGGACAGUAAUAAGGAGCGGUGGGGUUACACCUCAAAAUGGACCAAUGACUACUCCAUGGUGCUGACCGGGGCUGCCAUCUAUCACAAGUACUUUCCCAUGACCUGCUCUUUUUUAGAGAAAUAGUACUUUCCACAUUUUUGUUUCCAUUAGGUUCAACACUGACACAUUUUCUCUCUCGCCUUCUUCUCCUAGAUACUACCACUACUUGUACACCGCCUACCUUCCAGCCAGUCUGAAGACCAUGGUCGACCAGAUGUCCAACUGUGAGGACAUUCUGAUGAAUUUUCUGGUGUCUUCGGUCUCCAAACUACCACCCAUUAAAGUCACCCAGAAGAAACAGUACAAGGAGACCAUGAUGGGACAGGUGAGGCAGACAACGUAGCAAAAAGGCAGAGCAGGAAAACUCUUCUUUUCUUACUGUUUUCAUGUGGCAAUCAUAGUUACACUAUUUUUUAGUUUUCAUGUCUGAUUAUCUAUGCACACUGAAACCAUAAACGAGAUAGACUUGAUGACAUUUUGUUAUAACGUUGGGAAAAUAACACCCAAGUGUGCAGCAGAGUCGCUGCAUGAGGUGGAACACAGAAAAUACGUACAGUGUCACACUGACAGUGUUUUGGAUGUGUGAGGAAGCUGCUCUAAAAACAAAGGAAAUGAUUUCCUCAUUGUGUUAAGGAGGAAACACUUCAUUUGACACAACACUUUAUUAGUAAUAUCAAGUACGAUGCUUUCCUCUUUUCACACAUUUUUGAUAGCUUCUCUCUAAAACUUGCCCACGCAUGCCUCUGAGCUGCUGCAGCCCACACCAGUGUUUCUUUUUCAAAGAAGACAUUGUAUGAAAUGGACAGAAUGGUUUUCCUGAUUAUUGCUGUGCCUGAUGGCCCUUCGACACUUGAUACCACUUAAACCCUUAUAGAGUAAGCUCUCAUAACAUCCUCCAUGUGUAAAUUCGGGCAAAAAUUAGUUUUCUUGCAAUAUGGCCUUCAAUAUAAAAUCUCAUGAAUAAUUGCAGCAGGCUCUGAAAGGUCAGAGUAUUUUGUGAUGCAUUAUUCAUUUUGUCUGUCUUUCCCUUCCUUGCACUCCUAUUUAUCCCUCGUUCUCUCUCCAUCUAGACCUCCCGGGCUUCUCGCUGGGCUGACCCGGACCAUUUCGCCCAGCGUCAGACCUGCAUGAACAAGUUUGCCAGCUGGUUUGGCACCAUGCCGCUGGUCCAUUCUCAGAUGAGGCUGGACCCAGUUCUCUUCAAAGAUCAGGUGUCCAUACUGAGGAAGAAGUACAGAGACAUUGAGAGGCUAUAACCUUCCAAAGCCCCCCCCUCACACUCGCUGGACACUACAAAGACCGAGCUAAAGGGGUGGGGGGCGGACAUGUAGAGGAACGCAGAAUCUUCCUACGAUUGCAUGGGGCAGAUCGAUGGAGAAGCAGAUGAGAUUUCAUGCAGGGAGAGAUGUGGAGGAGGCCACAUUUGCUCCCCUCCUCGGUUUUGUUGUCCUUCACUUCUCCUUUUCACUCCUUCUCUAGAGUGUACAGAGGGAAAGCUGAGCACACAGGUCCCACUCGAUACACGAAGAGUUUCACUGACUGAAGGACACCUGAUGACCUCAAAUCUGCUCCACUUUGAACUAAAUAAUUCAAAGUCAUGGAGUUGGAAAUGGAAGGUUGCUGCCUCAAGCAGUUGAAAAAGACCUUUUCUUUUCUCGUUGUAAAAUCUGCACAGGUUUGAUUAUUCUGACUGAUAAGAGGAUAACACUAUUUUGGAUUGUGUCCAGCUAUUUUUUUUAUACAGUGAACGAAUGGCCAGCACUACUCUCUGUAUUGUCUUAAUCGGCAGGGUGGGUGAGGUGAGGUACGACAACCUCUCGACCACAGAACUGAGUUAUGAUCGUUGAUCCGAUAUUCACAGUGCCUCGAGUUUAUCUAACGGCGUUGGGAUCUGGGACUGGGUGCAGAAUGAGCACCUUGACCUUGCUGCUUUCUGUUUUGUUUUUUUGUUUUUUCAAAAUUAAUGUUUAUUUUGUGGAAAUGUGGAUCUUUGUUGUUCAUUCUUCAGGUCAGCAUUCCUGGUUGAUAGGUACUGAAACUUCACUUUUAACCCAGUCAACAAAUAAAAUAGUCUUUUUGUGCCAUUUUCAACAUGUUUUCCAUCAAGAACCACAACAGUCUUACACAACCCUCUUGAGUUUUCUUGACUUGAUGAAGACUAUACAAUCAAGAACUAUGACAUCAGACAAACUUUGUAAAAUUCUUCAUUUUGCAACAAACCUUUUUUUUUCUUACUGGUUUGGUGAGUUAGAGUUUGUUCUUGAGUUUGUGCUGGCCUGAAGAACAACAGAUCGCAAGAACUGCCUUUGUUAAGGGAGGCUGAACCUGCCAGUUGAAGCACCUGUUUGUCUGUUUGAAACACAACCCACUGUGAAAAACUAUCCAUGGAUUUUUCUUAGCAAGGGAAAUUUACAGUCAGUCAUUGCUUCUAUGCCACAGAGUCAAGUUUGGCAUUAGCUUGGGCUGACAAGUACUUGACAUUAGCUAACCACUGCUGUCAGUGCUAAGGAUCAAACAGUGCUUGAAGACAUCAGAGUUGGCAUCACACUUACUGAACUUCUGUUUUUCACUGACUUACUUCACGAAUAUGACCAGACAGGAGUAAUCAUGAAAAAUCUGUGUUCCACGGUUAAAAGCAUAGCUAAGAUAAUUUACUUUCCAACAGGAGAUAUCCUCUAAUGAGUAAAUAUUCUGAUUUGUGUCAAUUCUUCGGCUUAAAUGUGUGAAAUUUAAAAGCAAUUUAAAGUUUAGGAUUUUUGCACAACACCAGUUUUGGUCUCCCAUCAUGCCAGAUUUAUGACAGCCAUUCAUCUCUGAGACACUCUGAUUGGCAGAGUGCUGUUUGUGUUUCUGCAUCGGGCCCCAAUAACAAACCAGGAUGUUCAGGUACAUCUUAAAGCUCAUUUUUCUUCAUGUUCACCAUUCCCUCAUUCACUUGGAAUCUCUGUCCUGAUGCCAAAUGUCGGUGGAACGUGAGAUUAGGUUUGUUACUGUUUGGUCACCCUUCGCUUCAGUUAAAUGUAGUGUGUCAUAUCAAGUUAUCUGAGACAUAAUUUGAUCAAUUUACAUUAUGUGCACGUUUUAAAAAUCACAGUGCAUAAUCAGUUUAUUAGUGUAUGAAGGACUUUGUAAAGCCAGCACAUUUCUGCAUAAAUCUAAUCCACACCAGUCCUGAUGCCACCUCUGGUAGCUUCAGCUUCAUGAAUAGAUAAAUGAUCUUUGUGAUAAACUUACUGCUCUGUAACCCAACUUGUGCCAAUAGAUCAUGUGUACUUUCUGUUGUUGUUUUUGUUUCUUUAGCAGAUGUGAGAAAUGCCAUGUAUUCCUCACAUCUGUAUGGGUCAUUAAAGUAAUUCCUUUCUUUAAAACCAAGUUAAAUGUAUGCGGAAGGACGGAGAGUGUGUGAGAGUCACAGUGGAAAUGUGUGCAACGUGAUAUUUGUCACUUCUGAGAAUGUGCUAUCAGCUCGACAGCAAAUAAACAAUCCUAGUAUUACUAAACACAAUGCUAUCAAGACAACUGAACCCAGCUGAAAACAGAAACUCAUUUCAGAAACGACCUUGGUGCAAUAUUAAAGAUGGCAUUUUCUCUGUCUUUUGCUCUCCUCCUUCUCUUCUUGUCGUUUCAGAGGACAGGUGUUUAUAUAUUGAUGUGCCUUCAGAUGAAGUACAUUUAUUGUUUUUUUCCCUAUCUGCCUUGUGCGAGCUAAAGGUCCCUGUUUUCAUUUGGAUGUGGAUUCUUUCUUGUUUUCUGUAUCAAUAUUCAGUAAAGCAUCAUGGCUCCCUAAAUGACAUUGUUUAACACUGAACGGUUACAAAGACUUGUCUCACCACAUCUCAUACCGACAUUCCUGCCUUUUUGUUGUAGGAACUCUUUGUUUUUCUAUGACACGUACUGCCUUGUAUUGCUAUACUUGCGAGGUCCGUCUUAGUGGUUGUCUCAAAUAUAGUAAUACAUGUAACACACACAAACACACGCGUAAUGGUCCCAUUCAAAGUAUUUAUCAGACAGGAUUGUGUCUCGAUUAAAUCUAUGCCUGCGUCCUACACUUCCGUAAUUGCAGACUUAAUUUUAUAGAGAUUUAAAAUGGAAAGAUAGAGGAAAAAAAAUCACAUUUUUGUAAAAGAAUUUUAUAAAAACAAAAAAAGAUCAAUAAAAUAUUUGAUAUAAUGUCA